AUGAAAAAAAAGCGGAUUCUCAAAGGCCUUCUGCUCCUUGCUCUUUGCUCCAUGUCCCGACAAGGCAUUUAUGCUCAGGAACUAUACCUCAACCCUACACAAACAGUGUAUGAGCUGGCCACCAGUAUUCCUACCUACAACUGCCCGGUAUUCGACGUAAAUGGGAUGCGCAAAGAAGACAGCAUUAAUAUGGUCAACCGGGUUACACCGACCCGUUUCGCUAAAAAAUUUGAGUUAAACAUCACGCCAAGGAACGCUGGUAUAUGGGAGGAUGUGGGUGACGUAAAAGUCUGGCGUUAUAAAAUAACCUCGAAUGAUGCCUAUUCGAUGAUGGUGAUGUUUAAAGACCUGAAACUGCCGGAAGAUGCGAGCUUAUUUGUAUACAAUGAGGACCUGUCCUACAUAUCCGGCCCAUUCACGGCUGGCUAUAAUGCAAAUAAUGUAUUGGCAACCGAGCUGAUACCCGGUGGUUCAAUCAUUGUAGAGAUGGUCUGCGAUGCACGUUAUACCCGCGAUGCCUAUUUCAAUAUAGCAUCCGUAUCUCAUGAUUACUGGAACGUGAUCGGGGUUAUCAGCGGCAACGUUCAGGAUGCAUUCAACCUGAAUAUAAACAGCCCGGCUGAUGAUCAAUAUACCGUUAGCCUGACCGAUGUUACCGGUAAAGUGCUACUCUCUGAGAACAGAUGGCUUUACAGCGAUGGGUGUACCGCCGCCGGACACAUAGGCAACAUUGGCCCCACCACCACCGCCGCCAUAACUCAGCUGUGCACGACCAUUUACCAGGAUGCCGAUCGUGGAAUACUGUACAAAGCCGAAAGGCACUGUAACCAGCCGCGCAGAAUGAUCUGCCUGAUAGGCGGACGUAUCCUUAUACAAGGAAAUAACUGGCCGCAACACAACCGCGCUGCUGGAUGUCCAGCCCACAAGCGAGUCUACAUUAUCUGCUGUCAUUGCCCACGUUUCAAAAUCGGCAUUGGGUAA